CAGUGCAGGUAUAAGUCAGGUAACCUGACUCAGGUUCAUCCGUCGUCAUCCUCGAUCAGAGUCUCCGGACAGCGACUCUGACGUUUGCUGCUGAUCCAGCACUGUACAUCGCGGCCAGGAAGCUUAGCCAGCUGCAGUUAUCGGCUCUUCUCUUGAGCAUCGCGACGACACACGUCCGCGGGUAGAAGUCUGCGAACAGGUCGUCCAUUCCUAGUCCACUCCCCAAGCCCGCAUUUCCCCCGCGGCUGCCGUCGCGCCGCAUAUUCCAAUCGCAGUCUCAUGACCAAGACGCUGCCGCUGCCGCCGCGCUUCUUUAAGCGCCCGGAGCUCACAGAGCGAGAGGAACAGUAUCUCGUGGGUAAAGCCAAGGAAUCGGCCAAAGCGCUGGUCGACGCCACGCGCAACAAUGAAGGACCCGUGCGUUGGGAGGAGGCCGGAAUGCACCGUGGAGUGCAGAUGUAUAAGGGCGAGGCCCGAUACCCGGAGACGGUGGUGGGCGAGUCGAUCUCGUACGGCUGUGGCGCGACCACCAUCCAGUCCACACUGGACGAGGUGGCCGACUUCUUCGACCUGUCGACGGACGCCAAAGUCGCCGAGUUUGUCGAAUGUAACGUCGAUGUGCUGGACGCCCAGCUACUCUACGUGAUAGAGGACCCGUCGCUACUGAACGACCCCAAACACAACACGCGCGGCCAACGCAGCGGCUCCAGCAAGAUGCUGAACGCCAACCAGGUGACGGUCAAGUGGUUCGCGUCGGAAAUGCCGUCGAAGCUCUUAAAGAACCGCGACUUCCUCACGGUCGAGUGUCAGAGCACGUUCAUGGACGUCAGUGGCCGUCGCGGCUGGGUACGUUCUUACCACUCCAUCAAGCUGCCGUGCUGUCCGGAGCUGAGCGACUACGGCCUCGUACGAGGCAGUUUCUACCACACGGGCCACGUGUUCGUCGAGAGCGAGCGCCCAGGCUUCCUGGAUGUCAUCUACAGCGCACAGGUCAACAUGAAAGGCAGCAUGAAGGUGCCGACGCCGCUGUUUAUGACUAUCCAGAAGAAGAGACUGACCAGCAUCGCUGAUCUGCAGAAAAUGAUCACGCGUCGACGACUUGGCGCUCAGCGGUUCCUUGGCGACUUAGAGCUUGUGCCAAAGAGCCAACGUACACGUUGCAACCUCUGUUCCGCAAAAUUCGGGCUUAUUACACGUAAGGCGCGUUGCCGUAAGUGCGGCGAAGUCGUGUGUGCGUCUGCGUGUAGUACAGAAUGGGAGGUUUCGAUCCCCGGUCAGGGCGUUAGGAAGGUGCGCGUGUGCUCCAAGUGCGCACAGAACACAGACCCGUCCGUAUUCGAGGACUUGCCGCCCAGUGAACAGUACUCAGAGACCAACAGUGCGCACGACGAUGAGCCGCCGUUGAUGAGCGUGCGAGCGCCAGGUUAUCAGUAUGAGCGCUACAACCGGAGCGACUCGGGGUCGUCUCCCACGUCGCGCCGGCGCGGCCUGCCUAGUCGUGACAGCGAUGAAUACGACAGUCAGGGCCGUGGCCGUCGACACCAUUCGGGCCGACGAGGGCCGUACAGCAACAGCUACGAUAGCCAGAAUGAUAGUUUCCAGGAUCCGGAUCCGGAGUACCCGCGUACGAUGGAGAUGCCGGGCGAAUAUGGCAAUGUGAGUCUGGAUUCGGAUCGCUAUACGAACGACUCGGCCGAGUACGACGACUAUCCCCCAUCGAGUAGAAGGCGCGACGACAGCAGGAAGUAUGACCCUAGAAACCCGGACAUGUACGACCACAAGACGUACGGCGUGUCGCCUCCGCAGUACCGCGAUGAGGAGCAGCGACGAGCAUUGCAGCGUCAACAGCGCGCGCUGCAGCAACAUCAGAACAAGCAACGUCUACUACAACGUCAGCAACAACAACAGGAAGCGUUGAUGCGACGGCGCCAGCAGCAGCAUGUUGAGGAGCCGGACAACUACCGAGAGGAACUGGAGUCCAUGUCUUUGAGCAGCAGCGAGUUCAGUCAGUACAGCCAGUCGAGUGGCGCUAGUUCCGGCGCGCCGUCCUUCCUAACAUCCAGCUUGUUGGCUCAACACACCAAGCAGAUGGGGAAACCAGGCCCCGUGACCAAGAACGAACGCAACGCCGCGCGACGGGUUGUACAGGAAGAGCGGACAAGGCGUAAGAAGCCUGUGCGCGACCCGGAACCGGAACCGGAGCGUCCUGCUCCUCCGUCCUUAUCGUCUGACCGUCCGCUGACGCGACUGGAGCAGCUUCAGGUAGCGCAAUGGGAACAACAAGAGGCCAUGUUCCGGAACCAGGUCCCGUUUGAUCUGGAACUGGAAGCGGCCGAGAUCGUGCCGUCCAAGCCCCGUCGUCGACGAACAGGCAGUUCUGAAGGCUCAACAAAGCGCCGUGGUCCCGAACUCCCCGCGUUCUUCCGUAGUCCACACAACAGCGCACACUCGCAAGGUCACGGGGCUCCGACGGGCGAGUCUCCGCCAUCCAAACCGCCUGCGUUCCCUACGAACUCGGGACAAACCGUUAGCGUGGCGGACGACGAGGACCGUCUGGACUAUUCAGCCGGCCGUGACGAUUCUAUCAACGGGUUGUCAAUGAACUUCGGCUCGUUGUUGCGGCCUGAAGAUCUGCGUCCUACGGAGGAGAGUAUGUGUUUGAGUUUAGACUCGAGUGGCCAGGAUCACAGCGCUAUGGGCGACAGUGACGCCGCUAAUCCCGGCAAGGCCGGCGCGUCGGCCGCCAAGGACCGGGCGGACGUUUCCAAGACGACCGUCGUGAAGCUGUAUCAGCGGAUUCUAGAGCUGACCAACAAGCAACACGAGCUUGAGGCGCAGCCCGAAUCCGACCCCAACGAGAAAAAGGAGAUUGCUCGUGAGCUAGAAGAACUCUACGAGAAACUCCACUCCGAGGUGGAAAUAUAAGUAAGAGUCUAUCCGUUCUAUCCGUCGUCGGAAGCGGGUUAGAAAGGUAGCGUAGUAAACUAGCAUUCUUCGGAUUAGAAUCCUGAAGCUUGUUAAUAAUCAAUAGCGUCAAUCCGAACCCAAGCCUUCCUGUUCCUAAUUACGGAUUCUCUUGACCCUCCUCCUCCUUGGCCUUUGCCUUGGU